CCAUUUUCUACUCUAUUCUGUAACUCUGAUGCAUUCAUGUUCCCAUACAUGAGGUGUAUUAUAUCGUGUCCAACAAACAGCUGGAGGCACGGGACAAUGAGUCAUAGAUCUGACAAGUACCUGUGCUGAGCACAAGCAUCCUACUGCGAAAGAGUCAAGAGCUCAUACAAGAUACAAUCGCAUCCUCGAUAUACAAUUCGGAGAAUUUUGACGGAAGUGUGCAUUUGCGAAUAAGACUUCAAGCUCAUCUCAACCUAUUUCCAGCGCUUUGCUCAGCACAAUCGUGGAGGAACGAGUCAAGUUGGUAGUGUAUCAUGACACAAGACACCACAGUGGAUCUCUAGCCUCCAAUGACGGAUUCACAGGGCAAAUCCCUCCAAGACGCUAACCCCAAACAGUGUCCAAGUCUCUGUCGCAGGCCAUUUAUAGAUGCUAAGUAGCUCCCGCGGCUCUGCAAGUGUUCCGGAACCCUUCAUUAUCUCACAAUCUCAGUCGAGCGCGGGGUUUUCACAUCCAUCGCAUCCAUACUUUAAGCUUCGAAUCGGACACAUUUCAGCAACAGCCACAACUGACGAGAAGUUCAUGAUGGGCAAUAAGAUAGAAGAAAGCGCUACGACUCCUAAGCCGGUCUUCUUUUUCGACAUCGACAACUGUCUUUACUCUAGAAGCCACAAAAUCCACGAUCUCAUGGCAAAGCUUAUCGAUCAAUACUUCGUGACACACUUGUCGCUAGGGGAGGAGGAAGCCUCAAGAUUGACCAGAGAAUACUACAAGACAUACGGCCUCGCUAUCGAAGGCUUGGUCCGCCACCACCAAAUAGACCCGCUAGACUUCAACGCAAAGGUGGAUGACGCGUUACCUCUCGACGACAUCCUCAAGCCCGAUGCAGAGCUCCGAGCGCUGUUGGAGGAUAUCGACACCAGCAAGGUCAAACUCUGGCUCUUCACGAAUGCCUACGUCAACCACGGAAAACGGGUCGUGCGACUCCUGGAAGUCGAUGAUCUAUUUGAUGGUUUGACGUACUGCGAUUAUGCCCAGUUCCCCUUCGUCUGCAAACCAGCCAAGGAAAUGUUCCGCAGGGCCAUGGAGCAGGCAGGAGUUGAAAAUUCGGAAGACUGCUACUUUGUCGAUGAUUCUUACGAUAACUGCAAGAGCGCAAAAGAACUCGGGUGGAUGGCCGCGCACCUUGUCGAGGGAGGGUUGCCCGUCCCCGAGACGCAGGCUUCCCAGUUUCAGAUUCGACAUCUUCGAGAGCUUCGUGACGUUUACCCCCAAUUCUUCAAGUCCCGCAUUUCAAAGAGCCAGGGCUAGACAUAGAAGUAUCUACUUACAACGCUUUACGAAACGGGCAAGUAGUAGACUAGAAUCUACACAUAGAACAAAGAGUAAAGCUUGAAAUCCUCGACGACCAGUCGAUGUUCCUGAACACAAAGGAAUGCGCUCUGGAAACAGGUUGAUCUUUUACGUCUAGAAAUAAGGAACCUCAUAUGCCCUUACUGGUGUACAUCAGUCUUUAGAAAACGGCAGUGCCUCAUCUUCGGAUAAUCCGCAAUAUGAUAAAUCACAAGACGGAAUGUCCUUGGAUGCUGACGGCUCUGUUUAACGUAGCGUUGUGCAAGUACUCUUAGAUUGAAACCCUUGUGUGACGUCUUGAAGAUGUCUCGACAGUUUAG